AUGGCUGCGGUGCUGGAAGCUUAUUUAGCUGGGAGUAUAUCUUCUAAAAGUUUAGUUUCAUGGUUAUUGUCAACUGAUGUUUCGGCUCUGACAGAAAUCGACCUAUUCAAUGACAGAUCCCUUCGUGUUGAAUUUCUGCCGUUCUUCAUCAACUAUCUUCGCGACCAGACAGCCCACCUUAUUUGUCAUGGAGCAUCCUCUGGAGCCUCUCCAGCUAAGACCCCGGCCAGUGCUCAGAAGUUUCGCAGAGCAAGCCUGCAACGCCAAAACUCCACAGACCUCCCAAAGCACCAAGAAUCAGGCGUCAGGAGCAAUCAUCAGCGAGUAAAUCGGACCAAGCUAUUUAGCCCGAGCCCUCUGAGAUCAGACGGAACUGAAGUACUGCAAACUCCUAAAUCAGAAGCUUCUGAAGAUGGGAGUCCUCUCAGUAACUCAACAGAGUCGCCAUCUUGGAAUCAGGGAGGACAGUUCUAUCGGAAGUCACAGCAUGAUGAGUAUUCUGGAAAGGCUAAGAAGGUCUCUCCAUCUGUCCACAAAAAGGACGAGCAGAUAACACUCGGUCAGUACAUCACACCAGACAGAUUCAGUCAACCAAAGGGAAGGAGACGAAGUGACCAGCAUCAUCUAAAAGAAAGCACUCAGCACAAGACCCCUGUCGCUGCCAAGCACCGAUCAGGUGGUAAGAAUAAGACAUCCUACAGUGACGGUUCCUUGAAGUCCAAGUCUAAACCAGUUUGCAGGGAAGUUGCCGCUCCUGAAUUCUCGCUAAAUGAUGCCAUGGAUUUCCCUGCAGUCGGAAUUGCAUCCAAAAUCAAAGACAUUCCGACAAAAAGAAUCACGCCAACAGCUGUGUCUAGUAGUCACCAGAAAUCAAUCUCCAAAGGCAAGCUUUUCAGUUCACCUGGACAACCAACCUUUUCAAACCCGGCAUUUCAGACUGGAUUUUCUGCGCCAGGAAAUGCAACAAAUACAGGCGGUCCUAUACAGACCAAUCAAGGUUUGGACAAGGAGAGGGAGCUCCUAAGACUCGAGCGUCGCAAGCAACAAGCAAGUCUCACCAACACUCAAGAAUCAUCGGUAAAUAAUGCUGCUCCAUGUCCUUCCACAGCGCAACCACAAACUCCAACUAAAACUUCACCUAACUUUGCCUUUACCUACACUACUGAGGUGACCAAAGCAUCCAGAGAGGACGUAACAUACCAAGAUCAUCUGGAGAAGCUUGCUGAACUUUACUCAGCAUGUAUUAAAGAUUGCCUGAUGCCCAAUCUGACAAUGGAGCUAUACUUCUUAGUUCAUCUACUGACAGCCAGAGGUAGUGUGUCGUCCACGGAGGGCAUCAAUGAUCAGUGCGACCCAGAGGAUAUUAACUAUCUCUGCUCUCUGCACAAUUGUGUCUACUUUGCUGUGCAAGUCCUUCACCAGCAAAUGUGGUUGCUUGUGUUCCUAGAUAAGACGACUCUUAAGUUGUUAGCUGAGGUUCCUCACUUGUCAGAGUUCAGUCCAACUCUUAGAGCUGAGCUUGAGAAGGCGAUAGACGGAGGGACGUCAAGACCGGUGGUUGUGACCUCUAAGUCUCCAGUCCAGGCAGUACCCUUCAUGGCCGACACAGAUAACAGACGGAACUUUCCAAGCGAUGUGUCUUUCCAUAGCUUUAGAAAGCAAAGGGAUAAGUUUUAUGAAUUUGUUCGAGAAUGGAUGGAUUAUCAUAAUUUGCCCGAAUGGAAUAUGAAAACAGUUAUGGCCAAGAAAAUCAGGGAGUUGGUGCAGCAAAUUGUAGAGGUAGCCAACUGCACACACUUUGCUAGACUCUUUCGUUCUCAACUCACACGGAUGUGCCAAGGAGAUCAUUUAUUAUCAGACAAUGAUGACAGCAAAGAUCGAGGAUUCCUAGGUGAACUAAAAAAGACAAACCCAGAGAGAUUUAAACGACUUGAAGAGCGAUUCUUCACUCCGACGACAUCUGGAGGUCCGAGUCCUCGCCCAGGGUUUCAUGGUUGCCAGGAUUUCUUCAAGGAGUUUAUUUUAGCUGCUGACAGCUUUCUGCUCAAUCAGCAUCUCAUGGAUAACUUCUCAAACAAAAUCUUAGAGCUGAAUGAGAUGCAGUUUGGACUUACUGACCAGGAUGGGGAUACAGAUUCCAAUGGUGUUGAUGAUGAGGCAAUAGGUAGUUUCAGCAUUACUCUCCAGGCUGCUCGGGUUCUAGCCAAGUUCCUUGGCUUCUUGGUGUUCUUACCUUAUCAGAGAGGAGGCAAUCUACCAGACUCUGUUCAAGCUGAUAUGAUUUCAAUUAGAAACAAGUGUUCCCCUCCUCUGGACCUGCUAAGCAGCUUACGUUCUUCAUGUCAGCAGCAUCGGUUAGUCAUGACCAUACCCUGGGUAGUGGAGUAUCUUAGCAUGAUGGAUCCUGAAGCAGCUCAGCUGGAUUCACUCCAGGUGCUUCUAAGACUCUUAGUCCAGGUUUACAGAACUGUUUCUAAAAAGCUGUGUGUGGACUCCACAAACUACAACAUGCUACUGGUUCUCCUUUUACUUGGGUGGCUGUUUGAGGUACCCGGUAUGCCAGCCUCCAUGUACUUUACAAGCUUUGCUGAUGACUUCAUCAAUGAUGACACCAUAAUGCAGUCAGCAUCUCCCAACACACACCUCGAUGAAUUAUGUCUCGUAGAUCAGCAACUACUCUAUCUUUGCUGUCCGUACCUAGGUGACAUACGGGUGUUGCUUACAGAUGCAUCACUUGGGUUUGGUUCCAAGACCACACCCAUGAAGAAGAUCACACCCAUCUGGGCUGGUACUCCGCCCAAACCUAUUCAGACAAGUCAACAAUUACAGCAAGAACUUGAGAAAAACUUUUUCGACAACCACUCCCCGUCGCUGAAGAAAACAGUAGACUUUGUCAGCUCUAGGCUGUAUUCUAACUGCAUUAAACACAUCGACGCUAAGAUCGUCUUGGCGUCACGGAGGACGGUCGUAGAGUUGUUGGACUUGGAGAUCAAGUCAGAGGAAAUUGGGACAGUGAAAGAGGACUGGACGGAUAAAAUGAAAAGCGCCCUCUUGAGGCUAGUGAAGGCAAAGACGAAGGAGGUUAUAGUCGCAACGAGGAGGGAAGCUGAAGAGCAGGCUAAACAAUUUGUAAGGGAGAGAAGCAAGAAGUCAUUGUCUCUCCUCCUGCCUCAAGAAACUUGUGAACAAGUUUUAGAAGCCGCUGCUGGUAUUACAACCAGGCUAGCCAUGGAGAGGGCUAAACGGUGGUGCAAUGAACAAAUACCAGCCGCCAUUCAGCAGGAGUUAAAUACCGGCGUUGACAAAGCUAUCAGGGCUGCUAAGAAAGAAGCCGUUGAGAAACCAAAGUUGAUUAAACCCCUCCAUCAUGAUAGGAACCUACCAUCGCCUUCAUCACUACUGCAAGGCUAUAAGGACUUGUUAAGGCACCUACUCUCAGGAAGCCUGAAGCAAGACGUCAAACCCAAGAAGCUGGCCAGUUUGUUGGCAACAACACGGCAAGUCCUCCAUGCUAGACAGGACUUGACUGUUAUAGCAUUGCAGAUGAUUCAACAGCUGUCUAUUGAUUUGUUGGCAGCUCUAGUGAUCUUCCAUCCAGACUGCCUUGAUUCCUCUAUAGAUAGUGGAGAUACAGUGGCUAGUUUACCAUCAAUUAAGAAUGAUGACGAUGAAGCCAAAGAUGAAGGAUGCAUCAAAACGGUUGAUGCUAACAGUAAUAAGAGGGUGGACUCACUAGCAGUUGAGCCAAAUGGAACACCAGAAGAAAGUUCAACUUUUAACUCAACUGAGAGGGUUACAGCAGAGAGUGAAGACCAAUCUCAUCAUAAUGAAUCGAAAAACUGUAACGGUCACAAGCCAAGGAGUGACGUGCAUCUCUUGGACGUCUUCUUGGAGCUGUGGAGGGACCAUUUUGAGUGCCGGGUACCAGUUCAGACAUUCCUAUGCCCAAGGACCGCAAUGCUGAUUGAAAAUAGUGCAAAUCCCAAGGUACGCUGGGACUCUUUGUCCAGUGUAACAUGUAAGCUGAUUGAUAACAAACUGCUUGACCCAACUAGAGUCGCUGAAUCUCUAACUAGACUGAUGGAGUCUGAGUACGGGAUGACAGAAACAAUGAUUGCUUCUCUGUGGACAAUCAUACAGUAUAUAUCUCAAGUGGAAAGCCACGAAGAGUCAUCAAUGGAUAUAGAGCUGAUGUUAAACAUUCUGAUGUCCAGAUGUCCGGAGGGGCCAGUCCUACAGCGUCUAUGUGAUUACAUGGAACACCAAGAACGUUACAGAGCCUCAAAUUUAAACUAAUGAUAAAGUCAUGCAAAGUUGAAAUCAAAUAUUCAAUAUACAAAAAAAAACAUGGUUUUUGAUUUUGUAAUAAUGGAUCGGGUAGGCGUGGUGGUUUCUUUCCUCACCUUCCAUCUCUAGGACCCCGGUUCCAAUCACGCUUAGGGCACUAUAUGGAUUGGAUUUUCAGUCCCUCCCUGAUUCCGUCAGUCUUCCCUGGAAUAUUUAUCUUGAGUUUUCCUCACAUAUCUAUUACUGUAACUUCCUUGUCUUCUCUCCAUGGGGUUAUUGGUCAGUAUAGUGAUAAAGUUUGCUUUUCUUAGAAUCAUUGACUUCACAACCAGAAUUAAUCAAAUAAAAAUAAACUCAAAAUAAUGUUGUACAUGCAUCUAGUACACAAGGCUUAUGAAGUCUGGAAUAUAGCAAAAAUAAAUUCUGAAGUAGUUUAAUGAUUGAAUAAUUGCAUUUUGGGAUUACUUAUGGUGUCAUACAGUAAUAAACCAUAUUUCGGAUCAUAUUAGGGCAUUUUAAACUGUGAAUUUCCUUGCAACACAAUCACAGUUGUCUCUUAUUUUGAGUGUUGUUUUCUUGUUUCAAUGGCCAAAUAAAUAAGAACGAAUAAUUUUGCUUAAUAACUGUUUGCGCGUCACGUAAAUAUUGGUCAUACACGUCCUCAGGCGAUCAAAAAUACUAAUUUUCUUUUCUAUUAUAUUGCAUUUAAGUUUUUGGGGCAAAUUUGGUAGUUCAUGGACUACGGUGCAUGGGGUUUGGUGACAUAAUAGGCCAUGUAAUGGUCCAUAAAUUUAGGGUCUGACAGAGUAAUUAAUAUUUUUAUUAAAUCAAAUAAUGUCUGCAAUUACAAUUCUUUGCUGCAAUUAAACGCAACAUCCUUAAGAAGUUGAGCUUGCUUUAAAAGCAAAAAUUCAUUUAUUAUUCUUAUGUUUAAAGAGCUAUGACAGCAUUUUUUUUCUUCCCCCUUGUAGCAAUGUCAGAAAACAGCAUGUACGAAACGCUUUGUUUAAGUCAUGUAAAUUAGAUGUUAACAUGUUCAACAUGCGGAAUUGCAAAUUAAGGAUUUGGAGAGAGGAACAUGAUGGGUCAAAUCAUGAGGCUUUGUUCAGCCAUGAAGAAAUCUUGUGGCCAUCGUCUGUCCAGGGGUUUGAUUUGGUUGAGUAGACCGAUCCAUUAAGCUCCGCCCCAUUGUGUAUUGACCAAUCACAACGCAACGAAGGCCCGACAAAUAAAG